CCACCACCCAAUUCUCCUCUAUCUCUCCCCAGCCUUCUCCAGUCGCGCUUCUAGGGAUGAUGACGACGCUGUCCAUCACACAAUGGAGUACUUACCGAGUCUGCAGCAAGAGUUCGAUGAUCUGAAGCCGUCUCUCUUUGAGCUCCUCGCUGAGCAGCAGCUCUCUGACUUGCUACCGCCAUCCAUCCGCUACAUCCUCGCAGUCGCCACCCACCGUCACCCACGGUACCUCCUCCGGAUCCUCAAUUCCUACGAUGAGAUCUAUGCCCUCCUCUCGCUGCUUGUCGAGCGAUAUUACCUCCGCACCUUCGGCGGCUCCUUCACAGAGAACUUCUACUCGCUCAAGCGCGAACGGGUCCUGCUAACGAAGAAUGGCGAGAUCCCGCGCGCCCAGAUCGGCGCCCCGGGGCCCGUCCGCGAGGCCCUCAAGCUUCGCACCAGGGAUGUCUGGAAGAAUCUCCUCAUCAUGGUGGGCAUCCCCUACCUCAAGCGCAAACUCGACGAAGGGUACGACAUCCACGCGUCACCGCACGCCUCGCUGAUCAUGAGCGGCGGCGGCGGCCCACGCUACCACCCCGGCGACGAGCUGCCCCCGCGGCCAACCCUGCGCCAACGCCUCUUCCACUGCUACAAGUGGUUCCUGCGGAACAUCUACCCCUCCCUCAACGCCGGGUACUACCUGUCGAUCCUGGCCUUUAACCUCGCCUACCUCUUCGACAACACCAAAUACUCCUCCCCGUUCCUGUGGCUGAUCGGCACGCGCAUCCGCCGCCUCAGCUCCGCCGACCACCGCGCCAUCGCCGCCGUGCUCGACCCUCCCGCAUCAUCAUCAUCGCCCUCCCGCCGCCCGGGCUCCAGCCUCCUCGGCCUUCUCAGUCCACAGAACCUCCACUCCCAAUUCCUGACCUCCCUCCGCUACUUUUUACCUGCCUCCAUCUUCGCCCUCAAGUUUCUGGAAUGGUACCACGCUAGCGACUUCUCGCGACAGCUCGCCCGUAAGGCUACCGAGGUCCUCGACCUUCCUGCCCCGGUCACCAACGGGAUGCUCCCGCCGUCGCAGCGGAAAUCAAUGAAGAAAAAACCUACCCAGUCAGACGAAAUCAAACCGACAUCAUCCCCGCCCCUCAAACCAGCCUUGAAAUCCCCCACCAGCCCCACAGCAGCUUCAGUACCCCCGCACAAACAACAACAACAUUCAGCAAACUCGGACUCUCCCCGCCAACCCCCCAUCUCCGCAUCCUCGUACCUCCCCAUCUUCACCGUCCCCCUACCACCCGCGGACUCGGACCUCACUCAGGCGUGUCCCAUCUGUCUGAACCCAUUGACCAACCCGACCGCGUGCCAGACGGGGUAUGUGUUCUGCUACGUGUGUGUGUUCCAUUGGUUGAACGGGGAGCACCAGCGGCAAAUUGAUUUCAUGGAUGGGGAAGCUGCGGCGGGUGCGGCAUGGGAGGAGGAGGACAUGGCGUUGGGUGCUUCGGAGGAGACGAAGCGAGGGGAUAGAGAGGCUGGAAGGGAGGAAGAGGAUGACGGGAACGGCAAGCAGGGGAAAAGAAGUCGCAGGGGCAAGUGGGAGAGUGGACGGGGGAGGUGUCCGGUUACGGGACGGAGGGUGUUGGGGGGUACGGAGGGGUUGAGGAGGGUUCUGGUAUAG